AUGUUUAAGAUCAAUAUACCUCAAUGGUUAAACUAUCCUUUGACUUUUACAGGCAUAACUGGUUUAACAGGAUUUGUUCUAUUAUAUCUGUGCCAGUGCAAACUGAUCUAUCCUGCUUCUUAUCCCGAAGGAUCACGUCAAGAAGUAGCAGUGCCUUCUGAUUUCGGGAUGCAGUAUACAGAAGAAAACUUGUUGACUAAAGAUGGAGUCAAGUUGAAGAGUUAUAUUAUUGUCCAAACCGAUAAAGAACAAGCUAAAAGAGUACCUACUAUCUUAUACUUUCAUGCAAACGCAGGAAAUAUGGGACAUCGUUUACCUAUUGCCAAAGUAUUGUAUGACAGAUUUAAAUGUAAUAUUGCCAUGCUAUCUUACAGAGGCUAUGGUAAAAGUGAAGGUAGUCCUAAUGAAAAGGGAUUGCGUAUUGAUGCUCAGACCAUGUUGGAUUUCGUAAGAGAACAUCCCAUCCUUAAAGAUACCCCACUUGUAGCAUAUGGCCAAUCUAUUGGCGGUGCAGUAGCUAUUGAUCUUGUGUCUCGUAAUGAAGAUUCAUUUUCUGGCUUAAUGAUUGAAAAUACUUUUUUGAGUUUGCCUAAACUAAUCCCAAGUGUGAUGCCAUUCUUGAAGCAUUUCACUUUUCUUUGUCAUCAACAAUGGCCUAGUGAAAAGAGUAUUCAGCGUAUUGUCAAGACGCCUAUUUUGUUUUUGGCUGGUGCCAAAGAUGAACUUGUGCCCCCUUCUCAUAUGUUGAAAUUGAAUGAACUAAGUGAAUCAAGAGCAGAGAAAGUAUGGGUUGCUUUUCCUUAUGGUAUGCAUAAUGAUACAUGUAUGCAACCUGGUUAUUUUACUGCUAUUCGAGAAUUUUUGGAGAAGCAUAUAUUGAAACUCGAACAAGAGAAAGAGAAGAGUCCCCCUGUAUUAGAAGAAAGUUAUAUUGAUGGACAACUGGUGGAUGAAAAUAAUGAUACUUCGUAUCAACUUGUCAGUGGUGUGACUGAUGAUGAAGGAAUGACACACAGUUUCCAAGUUGAAUCUGUUGAACUUGAUGAAGAAGAAGAAUAA